CAAGAAGCCUGGGCUUCUGGUCACAGACGCAGGGAGGGCCCUGGUAGCGGCUUUCCAGGUCUCUGUCAUUAGCGGCUUUUGGAUUCUGACCGGCCUGACAGGCAGGCUGUGGCCUGAAGUCCCUCAAAGGCCAGGAAGCAAGCGUCUCUCCAGCAAUGAAGAUCACCGGGCAGAUCCUCCUUCUGGCUUCCCUUCUCCUCGGCUCUUGCACCAGCCCCGCCUCUUCAGCUCCCAGGAGCCCAGCCAGCCCCCUCCUCUCAGAUGGCUAUUCCUGCGUAGGAUGUGUGCUGAUAGUGUCCAUAGUGGAACAGCUGAUACAAGUCCACAACUCUACUGCAUGGGAGGAGAUGGAGAGACUGUGCCACUACCUUCCUGAAAAGCUGUUCCUGAAAAGCAUCUGCUAUCUCACGGCAGAAGUGCUUGGGCCAGACAUCAUCAAAAUGCUUAGCUUGAAGAUGAAUGCAGAUGUGGUCUGUCAUGCCCUUCAAUUUUGUAAAGAGAAGGCUGGGCAGCCUCUUUGCCACCUCUACCACACUCCCCAGGAGGGCCUGAAGAGAGCCCUGAUCAGGGCCAGAGAGCUUGUCCGGCACUCACCAACCUUGGCCAGCCAUGGUGGCAUGCUGAAGUUCUGUUCAAUUCCUGCCUUGGCCAAGAUCUGCCAGAAAAUUGAAUACGUUCUGAACUCUGCCCUACCCUUCGAAGACACAGACAGGGACAAGUACAGCAAGUUCCCGACUCUGAGAGGCUUUUACUGGAGAGGACGAGACUGCAAUGACAGAAACAGGAACAUCUAUCCAGGCCGACGCCCAGAGAACUGGGAUGCACAGCAGGAUUCCAAUUGUAAUGGCAUUUGGGGCAUAGAUCCAAAAGAUGGCAUUCCAUAUGAGAAGAAGUUCUGUGAAGGUUCAGAAGCCAGGGGUCUCAUCGUGUUGGGGGACUCGGCCGCAGCCCAUUUCCACAUCCCCCCAGAGUGGCUGAUAGCAGCGAACAUGUCUGUGAAAACUUUCUCCAAUCUACCAAUGGCUGUGAGCAAUGAGCUCGACUGGCCCCAGCUCUCAGGCCUGACGGGAUUUCUGAAUUCUACCAGUGGAUUUCGCGAACGCUCUAUUUACCUCCGCCUACGUCAGAGGAACCGCUGCAAUCACCGGGACUACCAGAGCAUCUCCAGAAAUGGUGCUUCUUCCCAAAACCUUAAGAGGUUCAUAGGAAGCUUGUCCAGGAACCAGUUGUUGGAUCAGCCCGCCCUUGUCAUCUACACCAUGCUUGGGAAUGAUGUGUGUAACGGGUAUGUUGACUCAGUGUCACACAUGACCACGCCAGAGAACAUGCGGGCUCAUGUCAUGGAAACAUUGAUGUUUCUGAAUUCUCACCUCCCUCCGGGCAGCCAUGUGGUCCUCUAUGGCCUGGCAGAUGGACGCAUCCUCUGGGACCAUUUGCAUGACCGAUACCAUCCACUGGGCCAGCUGAAUAAAGAUGUCACUUAUGAGCAGCUCUACGCCUUCCUCAGCUGCCUCCAGGUGAACCCCUGCCGAGGCUGGAUGUCCUCCAAUGAGACCCUCCGCACUCUCACUUCCCAAAGAGCCGGGCAACUUUCCAACGUUCUGGAAAAAAUUGCAGCCAGUGAGAAAUUUGCCAACCUGAGUCUCCUCUACCUGGAUUACCCUUUCAGAGAAAUAGCUGAGGAGUGGCAGAAGAGAGGGGGACAGACCUGGCAGCUGAUCGAGCCCGCCGACGGCUUCCAUCCCAAUGAGGUAGCUUCCCAGCUAACAGCAAAGUUGUUCUGGGAGAAAGUCCUCCAGAAAUGGCCCCAUGUCCUUGGAAAGGAGAAUCCAUUCAACGAUCAGAUUGAGCAUCUGUUUGGAGAUCAAGGAGGUCACUGAGUGUCUGGCUCUCAGGCAACACUGCCUUUGACCUCCGGAAGCUGGAGCAAAAUGUCCCUUGGCCCUACCCCCGAUCAGAAUGAAUACACCCCAAUGUACCCAGGAAGGGCAUGUCCCAAGACUCACAGCAGCAUCUCCAUUGCACUUCUAGGCUCCAUUUCCUUGGGGAUUGCAUCUGCUCUUGUGCAGCUAGUGACUCCCAGACUGGCACAUGCAGCCUGGCUUCCUCCUGACCUCUGGCUCGGCAUCACCAGAUGCCUGGGCAGUCUUUCCCCUUGGUUGUCCCAGAAACAUCUCGAUGGCUAGAAUGGGAGAAUCUGACGACUCUGUUCUCCAGCUAGCAAAUAAUGAUGCUAUUGCCUAAGCCCACGCUCAUCUUCCCUCCUAAAAGCGGCACUCCCACAAAAUUCCCAGAGAGGAAGCACGGCCAGGGCACUGGGCUUGGAAUCAGGGAGUCCUGGGUUCAAAUCCCAUGCCCGAUAUCUUCCAGGUGACCUUGACCAUGUUCCUUCCUUUCUAUGGGCCUCCAUUUCCUCAUCUGUAAAAUGAGAGGACUGACUCGAUGAUAUCUAGGGUUCCUCCCAGCUCUAGAGAUGGGGUUCUUCCGGUUGGCCAGUUUCAUAGCUUCAGAGUCAUCCCCAGCUCUUUUCUCUACCUCACCCACCGUGUCCAAUCAGCUGCCAAGUCCUGAUGAUCCAGCCUCCAGAGUGGCUCUUCCAUCCAAACCCCGAUCUCCUCUUCCACUUGGCACAUUGCAGUAGCCUCUUUGUUCAUUGGUCUCCCUGCCUCAAGUCCCUCCCCUCUCCAGCCCAGCCCCCACUCGGCUGCCAAGAUGAUCUUCCCAAGGCACAAGGGCUGGCCAUGGCAUCUCUCUGUUCAGAAACCUUCAGUGACUCUGCUGCCCGGAGGAUCCCAUACCCACCCUUGUGUCUGGCGCUUGAAGCCAGGGCCUUCCUUUCCCAAACUGUGCUCAUGACUUUGCUCUAUGCAUUGAGUUCCAGCCAAACUGGCCUAUCUGCUAUUCCUUGAACCUGACAUUCUGCCUCUGCCUUCCUGCCUUCACUGACUGUCCCCUCUGCCUGGACUGGGUUGCCCUCUCAUUUCCGCCUUGUUGGAAUCUGUCAUCCUUCAUCAGCCUGGGGAGAAGAUGCUCCAUGGAGUCUUUCCUAAUCUUCCCUGCCCACCCCACCCCCCUCAGUGUUCUCUCCCUCCUCACAUUACCUUUGCCCAGGUGUGUGCCCCAGAUCUGGAAAGCAUGUCCUCUUCCCCCAGCCUGGCAGAACACCAAGCCUCCCACAGUGGCCUUUCCUGAUCUGCCCGUUUUACAUUAGUCCUAAUUGCAUUAAUUAACUACAUUAAUUCUAAAACAAUUUUAGGAUUGUCUUCCUCUUGAAAUCACAUCAUAAACUUUGGAUUUCUCAUCUAUGUUCAUGUCAUACGUUCCUCCAUUAGAAUACAAGCUCAUGGGGCAGCUAGGUGGCGCGGUGGAUAAAGCACCGGCCCUGGAUUCAGGAGGACCUGAGUUCGAAUCUGGCCUCAAACACUUGACACUUACUAGCUGUGUGACC